AUGGAGCGUGUUGCAGAGCAAAGAGACCUCGGAGUGUUGGACUGUGGGAAAGAGUUCACACACACAGGAAACUACAAGCGGCACGUCCGCAUCCACACGGGAGAGAAGCCGUUCUCCUGCAGGGAGUGUAAUAAAGCAUUCUCCGACCCUGCAGCCUGCAAAGCACAUGAGAAAACACACAGUCCUGUUAAACCUCAUUCCUGUGAAGAGUGUGGGAAGAGCUACCGGCUCAUCAGUUUGUUGAAUUUGCAUAAGAAGCGACACACGGGUGAGGCUAAGUACACGUGUGAUGACUGCAGGAAAACAUUCACCACCUCCGGCAACCUGAAACGCCACCAGUUGGUUCACAGUGGUGAGAAGCCUUACCAGUGCGAUUACUGUGAGAGAUCAUUCUCUGAUCCCACUGCCAAAAUGCGGCAUCUGGAAAUGCACGAUGCUGACAAGGUUCACAAGUGUCCACACUGCGAGAAACGUUUCAAUCAGCUGGGGAACUUGAAAGCCCAUCUGAAGAUUCACAUUGUGGAUGGACCCCUGAAGUGUAGGGAAUGUGGGAAGCAGUUCACCACAUCAGGAAACCUUAAACGCCACCUGAGGAUCCACAGUGGGGAGAAACCGUACGUCUGCCCACAUUGCCAGCGAGCAUUUUCUGAUCCUGGAGCAUUGCAGCGUCAUGUGCGCAUUCACACAGGUGAGAAGCCUUGUAUCUGCAUCAUAUGUGGGAAAAGCUUCACUCAGGCGAGCUCUCUAAUAGCUCAUAUCAGGCAACACACAGGGGAGAAACCGUACGUCUGUGACCGCUGUGGUAAAAGGUUUACCCAAUCCAGUCAGUUGGCCAAUCACAUCCGGCACCACGACAACAUCCGGCCACACCAGUGUCACAUCUGUAACAAGGCAUUUGUUAAUGCUGGUGACCUUGCUAAACACGUCAUCAUCCACACUGGUGAAAAGCCCUAUCUCUGUGAUACAUGUGGACGAGGUUUCAAUCGUGUCGACAAUCUGCGGUCACAUGUUAAAACUGUCCAUCAGGGAAAGACCAGCCUUAAAAAGCUCAAAACUAAAGACGAGGAUGAUGAUGAAGAAGAAAGGAAUGUUGUCACUGUUACAACAGACACUGUGGUUACCUUGGCAACUGAGGCACUGGCUGCUACUGCAGUGACUCAGCUGACUGUGGUUCCUGUGGCAACAGCAGUCACUGCUGAUGAGACAGAGGUCCUGAAAGCGGAGAUUACAAAGGCAGUAGAGCAGGUUCAGGAAGCAGAUCCAAAUGCACACAUCCUUUAUGCCUGCGAUUCUUGUGGGGAAAAGUUCCUGGAUGCCAACAGCCUGGCACAGCAUGUGCGCAUCCACACAGCCCAAGCCCUGGUCAUGUUCCAAGCCGACACAGACUUUUACCAGCAAUAUAGCAAUGGCAGCUGGCAAACUGAGCAUGUCAUCCAACCUGGAGAACUCCUGUUCCGAGCACGGGAUGGGACGGAUCUGCCACCUGCUGUUGCCGAACAGACUCAAGUUGAGAGUUGCCAGAAUCCCUCACAGUGAGGGCGUGAUAGAGGCAGCCAGGUACACUGUGCAAGAUAUGUAGGACAAUACCACAAAUGCACUGUUGUUACAACUAUGCUGAAUGCAGCAAUUCAACUGUGACUUGGACACUAAAGAAGAGGAAGCUGCAAAACUCACUCUAUAACUGCUAUCCUUCAACAUGUAAAGAGGCUUUGUGCUUUUCUCAAAUCAAGUCAUAUUGUAAAAGCAGAAUUAACCUGGGCAACAACAUUGUGGAUUCACAGCUGCAGGACUGUGAUAAAACAAGGCAGCGAUGAUGGUUGUAGAUUGAAACUGACAGCACCUGCUGUUCAGCUGCCCUGUUACAAAGAUUUCUGAUUUUUCUUCAUAUUGAAUGCACUAGGCCCAACCCAGUGAGGGUUGGUGUUGGAAGGGAAGCUUUACCCCCCUGGGGAUUUGAACCCACAAUUAUGAAGCAACAGUCAACAUUAUGCACUACAUGGGAUCCGUUUAAUGCACUGUGAUCAUUACUAAGUGGUCACUCCUCGUGAGUAUCAGCUCACACCAGAAUGCCAAGUCCCUUUGUUGCUGUACACAUUGUGCAUUGUUUUUCUAUGCUGAAUGGCUCCACCAUUUGUGCUAUGUAGGAUAAGAAGCGUUUCCACUAUUGGAUCAGCCCAACUGAUGGCUAUUUUAAGAAUAAAGAAAAUGCAUUAAGCACAUUUUGGGCAUCAUCUUUGAUCAUCAGUUCUUAAAAACAUGACCCAGAAACAGAGCUGUUCAAAAUACUGCUAAAGCAUUUCAGUGAUUGGAUCCAUGUUCUGCAAAGCAGAUGUUCUAUUGGCAGAACUUUUGAAGUGAAGACAAACACUAUUCUUGAUGAGUUGGCGCAAUCUGGUUACAUCAGUGCUGCAUUGGUGCUGUUUGACUCUGGCAAUUUAAUGAGGUUUUGCUGCGAUUUCCAUAACAUGUAACUGGGGCCAGUUCUGGGCCUGGAAGCUGACACCAUAUAGUAUCAAAUUCCUGUUGACCGUUAUAGUGGAAGGAAAACUCAUUGACUUAAGAGAACACCUUCUUAUCGCCCAUUCACCCCAACCAAGUUCCAAACCAAUUCUAAAUCCCUGAAACUGAAGCAAUUACUUUGAUGGUAUGUUUCAAACUGUAUUUUAGACAGUAUUAGGGUUUGUGUUUCUUGGAAUAGAAGCUGCCUGUCCUUUUAGAAGACUUUUCUCUUGAACCACAUGAUUUCCACUUUUUGCUCUCACAAAUGAACUGCCAUUUUUUUUUAAUACCCCAGCUGUUGCUAUCAGUCACUGCUGAAAUUCUCUCAUCUUGUGCUUGGAUUAUGAAACCAUUACUUGAGUUUCUGAGAGCAUCAUUCUGUGUGCGAGAAUAAUUUCUGCCAUUUACCCAGUGUCUCUGCAGCAUGUCUUGGCCUGAAAGCUGACUAUGAAGUGGUUAAAAACUGUGACAUCAGAUUAUUUACCACAGCUGAAUACCAAACAAAGGAAAUCCCAAGUCUUUAAAGAUCCUCCAUAUCUAUUUAUAUUCAAGAAACACCAGAGAAACGUUAAAAGGGAUCUGCUUUGGGUCACACUAUAAAAUUCCUGUUCUUAGCAACUAAAGCCUCAGAAAAAUCUCUCUCAUGAUCUCACCUUAGUUAGUCUUUCUCAUCAACUAGUCCCAGCCAAACAAUAAUCUCAGUCGGAUAAAAUCUGAAGAUACAAAUAAAAACAAAUCCUGCUAGAACACCUCAAGGUCUUACAGCAUCUGUGAAGCAAGAAAUUAAGUAAGUUAAUGUUGAAUCUCAUAGAACUCUCCCUUGAAAGGGUUCCCUCCAGCAUUUUUGUUUUUAUUAACAAUCUCAGUAUGGUCUGUUUCUGCUCUGUAUCUCAUCACUAGUCUAAGAAAGAUGUGGGAAUUUUCAGACUUCCUCUGGGUUGCAUGCAACUUCUGGCAAUUGAAAUAUUGAUCUUCAAUACUUGAAUCUUCGAUUAAUGGUGCAAGAGGGAAAGAGAAGUGAUUCAUAAAUAAGUUUCUUAAAGGGACAGAUAUUUAGGUGUUUUCUAUAGACGCAGAACACACACACCACCCCCUCAGUUGCAGUGAUGUCUGUACAUGGUAUAUGAAAUUUGUUUGAAAAUUGAUAAUUAUUAACUUAAGAUAAAACACUUGGUUCGUCACUCACUACCUGUCUUGAGUUUUUCUCCUUCUGAA